UCAUUAUGCUGAGGAUGUUGCCUCAAUCUGCCACUGAGAGUGAUAUCCGGGCCCAGCUGCAGGCACAUGGAUUCCAGCCCCGUGAGGUGCGGCUGAUGCGAAAUAAAGCCUCAGGUGAGCUCCUGUUCACAGUUUUUUCUACUCCUUUCUCUUGAUAUGGCUGUAAUGUUUCAACUACCAUUUGACACACUGCAAACUAGAGUGUGGUGUGCUAUGCAUGUGUGCAUGUGGAGCAGUUUUGCCCUGUGGCAUAAAAUAUGCAAUUGUAGUUUCUGCUGUACUGUAUUUAGGGUCUUCCAAUCAGUGAUAAGGAUAAGUCAGUCUUCCAGAUGUUAGCAGUGGAUUCAGAAGUAGCCCUUUAAGUGUUAUUGUCUGUUAUCAAAAUCCCAUAAAUGUGAGCCUUAGUGGUUCUUCUGCUGUCUGUGAGAAUGGCCUGAAAAAGUAGCAGAAGAUGUGGCCUGCCAUUUCCAAGUUUCACUGCAUUCUGCAUAAGUGUGAAUCUUUGGAGGUUUAGCAGUUCAGUAUUGCUUUUCGUAUUAAGAUGAGUUCUUACUUGUUCUCUAUCUUUCUUACUUGGCCUCUCUCUUUGAGGUAACAGACACGCAUACAUGGCAAAGGAUGAAGACAACCCUUUUGGUUAUAUAAUGCACUUUCUGUUUGGCCAUAUUUUAUCAGCUAUGUUGGCGUUCCUUUUUAGAUCUUUGCAGCCUAAAUUAGACUCUGUUUUAAGAUUGAUACUGAUGAAGCAGAUAUUAGGGCAAGUAUCCAACUUUUGAUUCCACCAAGUUAACUAUAAUCCUCCAGGCACUUGUGAUUCACCAAGGACUUAAUAAACCUCCUGGCUUUUUACUGCCUUUUUUUGUGAUGGGAUAGAAGAAUUGUCAAGCACCUGUGAACACAGUACUUGAUUAGUGAACUUGUUUGGUUUAAUAGACCAUAAAUUGUGCCAGGCUACAUUAAGGAAGACAGGUUGCCAACAAGUUGGAUAGGUAUGGUAUAUGCAAGUAUAAUAAGAGAUCUCUUUAGUUUGCUCCAAGACAAAAUGAUCUAAUACUGUUCUGGGAAUAAAGUAAGUUGUUUAAUCAAGCAGGUAAGUAUACUUCUUCUUGCCAAGGUUAUUCCCUACCUAUCACACACACUUGCAGGCCCUGAGAUAGGGCUGUAUACCUUUUCUUUUCUCCCCCCUUCCUUUUUUUUUAAAGCAAGGCUUAUGUUUUUGGUUAUAGUCCUCUGUAUCUGCCCUUUGUUGUACAAGGCCUGAAGUGGACUGGCAGAUACUGCAAGAUGGAGGGUACAGAAAGGCACCCUGCUUCUAUGGGCAACCAGAGGCUAAGAAAAGGAAAUUACAAUGCAAAAUGAAUUUUACAUUUUCACAAGGACUGGAACUGCAGACUUUGAGAAAGAGCCCUAAAGAAGUGUAGUCUCUUGAACGUUCCCAUUCAGUGGACUGGUCUUGCCUAUGUCAGUUCGGUUUCCUUUAAAUAUUUUAUCUUAAUUCCAGUGCUACUAAGGAAGAAAGUGGGAAAGCUGGCUGAAAUCAGUGCCUCUUCUUUGGAUUUUUAGUAAACUCUCUCAGUCUAGGCACAUGAUAUUAGUUGAGUUUAUGUUAAAUUUAUGCAGGCAAUAUUUCUUUAUCAUUCGUUUUUGCAAUAGAAAGUGACCAUUAUUGUUUCUGUUGGACAGAUGGAGCAAUGAGAUUGAAAGAGUGAUUGACUCAGAGUCAUCAAAUGAAUGUUAAGGUUAAGCUGGAAUUUAAAUCCAAUUCUUCCAGAUUCAAGUCCAACAGACUGCAGCUUUUUAUCUUUGCUUGGUCCUGUUCUGUUAUGUGGGGUUAUUUUAACCCUUCCCAAAGCUAAACAGGGAAGUCGGUAGGACAAGUACCAUACUAUUACAAUAAGAAGUAGCCUCCUGCAUAGAUUCUUUGAAUCAGCUAUUGCUUAAAACAUGAAAAAGGUGUUAGAUAAAUGAAUCUGUUAGUGCUAGAAAUAGAUCUCUUCAAAGCCAACAUUCUCUCUCCAGCCCUUAUCCUUUUGGAAAUACAAGCUGACUGAUAAGCACUGAUCUGGGAGUUGGGACACCACAGUUCUCUUCUCAAUUCUAGGAAAAAUAAACAACUGGAUGGUUUGAGUAGCAGUGAAUAGCAUCUCUCCAUCAAAAAUACUUUAUUGGAAUGAUCAGAAGAGAUGCUGGUGACCAGCAUUUGAGUCUGCACCACUCCAUUUUGCAACUAGGGUGCCUUUUCUGUGCCUUCCCACUCUACCUUAUUUUCUCCCCCGCGCCCUGCCCUUGCCCCAUUUGGUACAGCGACAGGGGUGCGUGAUGUUGGCUGGAUCUGUUGACUAACACACUGCGUCUGUAUCUGAAUGCUGUCCUCCAGGUCAGAGCCGGGGCUUCGCCUUCGUCGAGUUUAAUCACUUGCAGGACGCUACACGAUGGAUGGAAGCCAAUCAGCAUUCCCUCACCAUCCUGGGUCAGAAAGUCUCCAUGCACUAUAGUGACCCUAAACCCAAGAUCAACGAGGACUGGCUCUGCAGCAAGUGUGGAGUUCAGAAUUUCAAGCGCAGAGAGAAGUGCUUCAAGUGUGGCAUUCCCAGAUCUGAAGCUGAACAGAAGCUACCCCCUGGUGGUCGCUUAGAUCAGCUAGUGGCAUUAUCAGGGCGAGAACUCAGCCAAGGCCUUCUGCCUCUCCCGCAGCCAUACCAGGUGUCAGCAGCUCUGUCCACUCAGCCUGUGGCCCCCAUGUCAGAACCAUGUGCAGAGAAUGCUAAUGACACCAUUAUCUUGCGAAACCUGAAUCCGCAUAGCACAAUGGACUCCAUCUUAAGUGCCUUGGCGCCAUAUGCAGUUCUCUCCUCAUCGAAUGUCCGUGUCAUUAAAGACAAGCAGACACAGCUCAAUCGUGGUUUUGCUUUCAUUCAGCUCUCCACUAUUGUGGAGGCAGCUCAGUUGCUGCAGAUCCUUCAGGCUUUGCAUCCACCACUAAACAUUGAUGGCAAGACAAUUAACGUGGAAUUUGCAAAAGGUUCCAAACGGGACCUAAGUUCAUCUGAUGGAAACCGCAUCAGUGCUGCUUCGGUAGCCAGCACUGCCAUUGCAGCUGCACAGUGGGCUAUCUCACAGAGCGCUUCUGGACAGAAGGGGGCUAAAGAAAUCAGCAAAUAUGCAUCGCAGGGUCGUGAGGCCUCCUGGGCUACUCAAGAUGAGCAGUCUGUAGAUUAUGGCUACUACCAGCAUGAUGAACCCUACGGUGCUCAAGAGGCCACAGUGUACUCACAGGGAUACCUGAAAGGAUCCCAGUCUCAGUCUGGCACCUCUGGGACAGCAGCUGUUGGGAAGGCAGACAAGAUCCAGGGGGAGGGAUCAGUGGCAGCUGAGGCGUCACAGGAGCCUGGUGUGCCAGGUAUUGAUCCAAUGCCUGUCCUACCAACUUUCCCUCGUACUACCCAGAACACAGCUGUGCCGGCCACGUAUCAGACAACUGGAAGCUCUGAAGGAGCAAGCCCAGCCCAAGGAAAUGCUGCCAUUGCUCAGUCAUAUACCAUAGUCUCACCAGCUGUGUUGAAGCCUGAUGUGCCUAAUGCUGCCCAGCCCUCCGGUACAACUCCCAGCAUGUCCACCAGCACUUCCAAUUUGCCUACCAGCUCUGCUGGACAGGAACCUUACACACAGUACCCUGUCCCAGAUGUCUCCACAUAUCAGUAUGAUGAAAGCUCUGGCUACUAUUAUGAUCCUCUGACUGGCCUCUACUAUGACCCUAAUUCCCAGUAUUACUACAAUGCUCAGACGCAGCAGUAUCUGUACUGGGAAAGUGAGAGGUGCACUUACGUCCCAGCCUCAGACCAAGCGUCUGACGGCCACAAGGAUAGUGGCAGCUCAGGCGGUGGCAGCAGCAAAGAGGGAAAAGAGAAGAAGGAGAAGCAUAAGACAAAAACGGCCCAGCAGAUUGCAAAGGAUAUGGAACGCUGGGCCCGCAGCCUCAAUAAACAGAAGGAGAACUUCAAAAACAGCUUUCAGCCAGUCUCCUCCAUACGAGAGGAUGAAAGGCGGGAAUCGGCCACAGCUGAUGCUGGCUAUGCUAUCCUUGAGAAGAAGGGGGCACUGGCUGAGAGGCAGCAUAGUGGCAUGGACUUGUCCAAGCUUACUGGUGAUGACAGACUGAGUCCACCACGAGGCUUAGUAGCCGCAUACAGUGGUGAAAGCGACAGUGAGGAGGAGCAAGAGAAGGCAGCUGAUCGGGAGGAGAAAUUAACUGAUUGGCACAAACUGGCUUGCCUGCUUUGUCGCAGACAGUUUCCCAGCAAGGAGGCACUUAUUCGUCACCAACAGCUCUCGGGGUUACAUAAGCAAAAUUUGGAGAUUCACCGACGGGCACAUUUGUCAGAGCAAGAGCUUGAGGCACUUGAAAAGAAUGACAUGGAGAUGAAGUAUCGAGAUCGUGCGGCUGAGCGACGGGAAAAAUAUGGUGUUCCUGAGCCACCAGAACCCAAGAAGAGAAAGUAUUCAGCUGUGACCCCAGCCACUGUGGAUUUUGAACAACCAACACGAGAUGGACUCGGAAGUGACAACAUCGGCAGCCGCAUGCUACAGGCCAUGGGCUGGAAAGAGGGCAGCGGGUUGGGUCGCAAGAAACAGGGUAUUGUAACCCCCAUUGAGGCCCCAACUCGGGUACGUGGGUCUGGCCUUGGUGCACGUGGCAGCUCUUACGGGGCUGUAGCAUCAGAGUCGUACCGGGAGGCAUUGCACAAGACAAUGCUCACUCGUUUCAAUGAGUCAGACUGAGCUCUGUAAGGAGCACCUACCUGUACAGUAUUUUGCUGCUGUCUCCUCUUACCCCCCACCAUCCAACUUUCAGAAUGUUCUUUUGGUUGACUUUUUUUUAAUUAAAUGUUCAAAUGGACAAAAGAGGAUUUUACAUGGCUGAACCGUGCGGGAAAAGUAUACUUGGUGCUCCUGUGACCAUUAAGGAUUUCCACUGCUUGUUAUGUAUAAAUGUGGUACAGUAAACCCGAGGGUACAACUUUUCCACGUAGACUAGGUAAAAAGAGGCAGCAAUUGUAGAGCUGAUCCGGCUCUUGUUGUACUCUGUGUCCUUGAGGUUUUCAUUUGAGAUGCCAGUCUUGGCUUAGUGAAAACAAAACACAGAAAAGCUCUGUAUCAUCUCAACAGGCAUCCC